AUGUGCAGCAAAUCUUUAUUUUAUAUUCCGAUUACAAGUGGAAAACGGAGAAGGGACGAGAGAUUGACGCAUUUAUUUGUGAGAAAACGUAGACUUGCCAGUGCUAGUACAGUCUCCGUUCGAUUCCCGUUGGAACACCACUUUUGUACGUUUUUAAUAACACUACAACUUUCGUGCGCUUGGUUGGAUUACAGAAAGCUUGAUAAAAAGAUACUUGCUUUGGUAAAAGUUUUGGAAUACAUAAAAAAAAGGCCGCAACAAAUGAAUAUUGAUACUACAGUUGGCGUAACUUUUGCUGAAGUUAAUCUAAAAGCUGCUCUUCAACAUUCAAACGUAAUGUUCGUAAAAUCUCAUCAAAAAAAUUUUCUCGAAAUGGCUUUACUAUUGUCCAAAAAUACUCGAAAUAUGAUUGAUAAAAGUGUAACAUUGUCAAGCGAAGCUGAAGCGAGACUAAGUGCAGGUCUUAAUAUACCGCACAUUUGGCUAAAACCAAUAACGUGGAGGAAAAUGGUGCUAGAAAAUCAUUUUAAGCCCAACCCAAAUUUAACGACAACGGAUGUCGUGACGUCGUUCUUCAGCGGGCAUCCUACAGCUGACGAGAGUGACAAGUGUCUUUUGGAUUUGAUAAAUAAUUGCGAAUUGUCUCAUAAAUGCCGUAAGCUUGUGGUUAACGACAAUAGCAGCAGUACUACUGGAUAUUCGUUAACCCAUAGAUUACUUAUCAAGCAAACCAUCAGUGCUCUUCAAUGUAACACAAGCAUCUCGAGAUUUUCGCCAUACCUUGGAUACAACUUGUGCUAUCAAAUUCUACACGAUUUAAUGAGUUUAGAAGCUGUGGGAUUUCCAGAUAUCGGCAGAGAUUUAGCCUUGGAACAAAUUUUUUUGUGUGGUAUGGAAGGUUACUUAGACUUUCUCAGCGAGCAUUACGAGCAACUGAUCCUGGAUUGGCAACAUGACAGUGGAUGUUAUCGCGGAUUCAGUUCACUUCUGAAAAAAUCGCUCUACAUGCUGAUCUCGACAAAUUCCACUAUACCAGCCAUGAGCUCGUCGUUGGCUCAGGUGGUUUGGGUGCUAGCCAUUGAAACAACACAGCUCUCUAGGGGUUGUAUCACAUCCAUGAAACCGAAAUAG